AGUCCUCUUUCACCUCAAAAUCUGGCUGGCUGCAGUGUCAUAUAUGUCUUCCUCACCAGGGCCAGGACCUUUGGCUCAAGAGAAGAUCAGCAGCUCUCAAAGCUCGAAGCGGCGCGCCAUCGCAGAUGUGAUAUCACAAACAUAUCCGCCCUUCGACCAUCGCUCGACCAUCGUAGAACCGUUUGAUAAUGAGUCCAAAAGAGACGUGGAGUUCCUCGAAAAACUAAAUGCCAUGCUACUCGAGCUAAUGCUCGACUUUCACGCGUGGUCGACGGCGCGUCCUGCUCACGAAAGCGAUACCAAUGCCGACGCCCUGGAGAAGGAAGUGAAGGUGGUCAUCGAGUUUGAGAAAGAACAAGGCAUGUCGUCUCUCAUCGAGAAAACUCGUCAACGCCUCAACGAGUUCGUGACCCGGAUCAAGCUUGCGCUCGCCGCUCUGACUGGUCUCUCCGGAUGAACUGCCGCGGAUCUCGGACGCUGUCUGGACACCUCUUGCUGCCUGCUGUGCUCCAUUCAUUGUUGUAUCAUAUUUUCGUCCCAAACGUCGAAUGCCACGGGAACAUAUGGCACCUACUGUAACAAAUAUCGCAACGACGUUAUUUCUCAAGGUGUGAACAAUCUGGU